ACACUGGUAAAAUCUGCGAAGGAUGGUAACCGUUAGGAGCUAAUCUGUAAUGUUUUAUAAAGGCUGUACACACUGUUUAAAGAGACGUGUGAGGAUGUGGGAAAAGGUUAUGGAGGGCCACCAACACCCAGUCUGCACCGAGUCUAUUUCGUCAGACUCGUCAAAUGACAGAACCAGCAUUCACACAUAUAUCUUAUGAGCGCUAGCGGCAGGAGGUCACACCCUGCAGCCGGUUGACAGAGCUCGUGUCUCGCCAUGGCCACCGCGCGUUUUCCCGGGAAGAGUGCGGACGCGGCCGCCGCCAACUGGACAGCUCCGCUGGGCCGGCCAGUGUGUGUCAACGGGACUCCGUGGAUCCUUUACCUGCUGGAGGAGUGUGUGGAUAAUGUGUGGGAGUACUGCAGCGUGGUGAUAGGACUCAUAUCCAUGUUCUGUUUUCUGCUGUCCACUUUUCCGCAGGUCUAUGAGGCCUAUCGGAAUGGUAGAGUGGAGGAGGCCAUGUCUUUUGGCUUUCUUUUCUUCCUCUUCAGUGGAGACCUGACCAGUUUUGCAGGCUGCUACCUCACCAGCCAGCUGCCCAUUCAGAUAGUCACAGUGGUGUUCUACAUCUUCACAGACCUGCUUCUCAUCUCCCAGUUUCUCUACUAUAAGAUCAAGAACAGCUCCAGCAGAAAAAGCCCUGUGUUGAAGUGGCUGUGCUUCAUGUGGUGUGGUGCUGCUACGUUAGUUCUCCUGGCUUUACCCAAACUCAUCAUAGACAAUAGUGCAACUGUAGACACGCAGAGUCCAGCUACCUCUAAAUCAGUGGAAGUCACUGGCUAUGUAUGUGGUUACCUGGCAUCUAUCUUCUACCUCUGCUCACGUUUCCCCCAGCUCUAUAAAAAUUUCCAGCGGCAGUCUACGCAGGGCACCUCCUACCUGUUGUUUGCCCUGGCCAUGAUGGGCAAUGGCACAUAUGGGUUGAGCGUCAUCGCGGUCCUGCCUUCGCUGAAGGGCUCCAAACAGACCUUCAUAAUCAAACAUCUGGCCUGGCUCAUUGGCAGCCUGGGAGUCCUCAUACUGGAUUUACUUGUGACUGUUCAGUUCAUCAUGUACAGGAAUAACUGCCCUGCCAAAAGCAACACUCUACUCAGCGUCCCAGAAGUGGAACCUCUACUGUGUGAGGAAGUGGAACUGUCAACGUUGUAGGACCCAGAGUGGACACCAACCUUGACCACUUAGUCAAGAACGGACUGGUCAGUUCUCUGGUUUGUUUUUGAUCAUUCUGUGAGUUGUCAGUGGGCUUUGAUUUACUCAUAAUGUCAAAGAACAGAAACACUGCAGAAGCACUGUAGAAGGUAGCUGCCACUUUGUGGUACUAGCAGGUCAUUUCAGUGCACCUUUAAAGUCUAAUUUUUUGCUUCAAGUGGUCAAACACCAUGAUCAACUUUUCUGCGAUUUAAUGUGGUAAUAAGGUGGGAAACCUACAAAAAAGAUCUAUUUUUUUAGAUUAAAUUAAAGUACCGUUUUGUAACAUUUCUGUGUUUCUCUCUGUGGGCAGGCGAGUUAGCAUGACUGAAAUCUUUUACUUGUUAUGAGUGCUGUCAUUUUUUGUCAAGAUCUUCCUCUGGGAUUUCUUUAUUUUGUUUUGGUUAGAAUAACUGCAUUUUUAUUUGCCACUGGGAGCCACACACACCCGGAGGAGGAGGCUUAAUCCUAGAUGUGUUUCCACAAAUGCAAGCAUUAUGGAAGAAUGAAGUGCCUGUUAUAUUUACACAUUUUCAGGAGGAUAAAUACUGCCAUAGAGGAUUGCAGUAUUGCACUAGGAUGCAUGGUAUGGGAUUUAAGUUGUUUUUCUUACCUGAUUUGGUAUUUGAGUGCCAUAAAAAUGCAGAGUUUGUUUGAGCACAGUAAUAGAGGAACCAACAGUGAUGUCUGUUUGCGAAGGUGGCCAACAGGAAAUUGUCAAAUAUUAGUACACAGGACUCAUAGUUUGUAUGACAUUAAAUAGACAGGAUGUGGAUGUCUGCAGGCAUAAAAUGGCCCAAUUUCUAUUUCAAAAGGAUGUUGCAUUUCUCUGCUUUCUUGGUUCAAGCUCUUUGUUCUCCUGGAGAAACACGUUGUUUGUGCCUUUUUAAGCUAAACACUCACACACACACUAAUACAAAUGCACUGUAUGUAAAUUUCAGAACUUCAUUAUUUUUAAAUUAAAUUCAGUUACCUUAUUAAACUAUUGACAGUGAUUUAUUUAGGUCACUGUUUUAGUGACCUAAAUUUAGUAGUGGGACAUUUUGCCUUUUUUACUCUCUAAUAUCUGCUUCUUUAAGUGUUGUGCAUCGCGUUAACAGCAGUCUUGGAACCCAUUAGCUAUCGUCUGAGAAAAUUUAGCCUCUUGGGACAAUGGCCAAUGUUUUGUGGUUUCCAAUGUGGACAGCUAAUUCAGAUAAUCUCUAUAAACAUAUAUUUGCAUAUGAAUGCAAAAGGGUAAUAAAAAGAUAAAUUGCCAUCAGAUGAUAGCCAUUUGGUUCCCAGAUUGGGUUUUGGCCCAGCCGUUCUGCCUCUUUUGUUCUCCACAUGGACUGUUUACUUGCAUACAACCAGAGGCCACGUAAACGUGAUUGGUCAAUAAAACCCAGAAGACGGAAACCAUUCUUUCAACACCAAAAUCUUGUCCGUUGCCUUUCUGCAUUCAUGUGCAUAUGUCUGUUAAUACAGAUUGCAUUAACAAUAGUGGGAUCUUCUUUUGUACCACCUCCAUGACAUCAGAGACAUUCAUCAGAGAAAACAAGAUGUGUUGAUCAUUUAUUUUGAGGUGGAUCUGAGAAUAGGAACAAUAAUGGGAUGUUAUUGAAAACUUGGUAAAGUAAUGAGCUAAAAUUAGCUUGCACACUUAAGAUGUGUUUCUAUUCUGUCAUCAGGCUUGAAGCAGAGAAGAUGCUCUUGUCAGGUCAAAUUUAUUUCUGAAACACUUAAAACACCUUACUAGCUUCAUUAUGGCUGUUCACAUAGAGUGAAAGCAAAACAGUGCAAAUAUUUGUCUUACUGAAGGGAGAGAUGAGCACUUCAGGUUCAUUUAGAUCAUCAGCAAAACUAACCGCACAUCAGUGCAAAUACUGUUACACAGUUUGCGUGUGGUAGUGUCAGUGUUUGACCUGGUCAUCUACAUAACCAGAACACUGUCCUUGCAGAGAUCUGCAGAUUUCUCUACCUCAUUAUAGUGUGGACGUGAUUUAUUUCUCCCAGUGUGCAUGAAGAGAUUGCUCAUAAAUGAAACACAAGGCUUCAGGUGUGGAAGCAGUGUGUCUCUAUACGAAGGGAAAAUGAAUCAGGCACACGUUGCAUUUAAAAUUGUGAAAUUUAAUGUUGUAGCAUCUGUUUCAGAAAAUAAUAGUUAUUAAGUAUACGUCAGUCAGUAUUUUAAGAAUAACAUGAACACGACUGGUUAUGUUCUUAGGCUGUCAGGUGAUGAGAAGGAAAUUUAUACACUUAGAGUAAAACAUUUUCAACAAUGAAUUAAGUUUUGCCAAUUAUUUUUAUUGCACAAUUCAUACUUUGAUCCCUUCUCAAUUAUUUCUUAAUAGUCUUUUCAAUCUAGGACAAAACAGUGCAUAUUUAUUGUAAAUAUUGAUACUGCACACUAGAAAAUGUAGUAUUUGCAAGACUGUAGUUUUUACUUUAACGGUGACAUUGUAUUGCUAAGAUGUAUUUAUAUUCUGUAAACAUAACAUUCAUGUUUUUCAGAUGCAUUAAACUGUACAUUACAUACUGUAAUUCAAAACUAUGUGCCAGGCUAUGAUGACUGAAAAUGUCUGCAGAUAUUACUUGUAUGGAAAACCACUGUAUGUAUUAUAACAACUGGAUGUA